AUGGCCUUGUCGACUGAGGCAUCAGGAGUGUCGACAGACCCGGUCCAGGAUGGUGCAGAGGAAGGUUUGGCAGUGAUGAAGUCGCACUGUAUGAUAGAGUGCCAUGUGGAGAAGGAGGCUGUUGAGAAGAUCAUCAAUAAUGGCGAAUUCAAUGAUAUCAUGUCCACUACGGGUACGCUGAUGACGAGGCAGGAGUUGGCCGCCAAGGCGCGCGAUCCGGAGAUCAGGUCGUUAGGAUAUAUUCCUAUCAUGAGCAGACUAAACACGAUACCGCUAGGGAGAAGGCGGAGAAACUUUGGACUAUUGAAGCACCCGCGGAUGGCCAAGCUCGUUCGCCGACUUGAAUCACUUUCGCUGGAGUUGACCCUAGCCUUUGCGACCAAGUACUCUGUCCAAGACUUUCCCAUCAGCAGAUGGCGUGAAGCCUCCAGCGCCUUUGAGUAG